CACCGCCUCAGACCCUCGAUUCGCAGUCGCCAAUGACGUCUUGAGUUCUUCCAAUCCACCGCCAUGAGUUUCAUCUUUGGCAAACGAAAAACACCUGCAGUGAUCACGGUGGUGAAGAUGUUGACAAAGUUUGAGACAAAGAGUAAUAGAGUGAAGGGACUGAGCUUCCACACUAAGAGGCCAUGGAUCCUCGCGAGUCUGCACAGUGGUGUGAUCCAACUAUGGGACUACCAUAUGGGGACUCUUACUGAUUUCCACAAAUCAGAGCCUCUCUUUGUGUCUAGAGGCAUGAACUUCUUCUUUUUGAACCCUUAUGAGAAGAAUUAG